AUGUUCCACUGCAUCCCCCUGUGGCGGUGCAACCGUCAUGUGGAGACCAUCGACAAGCGCCACUGCUCGCUGGUCUACGUCCCCGAGGAGAUCUACCGCUACGCCCGCAGCCUGGAGGAGCUCUUGCUGGACGCCAACCAGCUCCGCGAGCUGCCCGAGCAAUUUUUCCAGCUGGUCAAAUUACGAAAGCUUGGACUUAGUGAUAAUGAAAUUCAGCGGCUCCCUCCAGAAAUAGCAAACUUCAUGCAGCUGGUAGAACUUGAUGUGUCCCGAAAUGAUAUUCCUGAAAUUCCAGAAAGCAUCUCAUUCUGUAAAGCACUACAGAUAGCUGACUUCAGUGGAAACCCACUGACUAGAUUACCAGAAAGCUUCCCUGAAUUACAGAAUUUGACAUGUCUUUCUGUAAAUGACAUCUCGUUACAGUCCCUACCCGAGAACAUUGGCAAUCUCUAUAACCUGGCUUCACUGGAACUGAGAGAGAAUCUUCUUACAUAUCUUCCUGACUCUCUGACUCAGCUACGAAGACUAGAAGAACUUGAUUUAGGAAACAAUGAAAUAUACAAUUUGCCAGAAUCAAUUGGAGCUCUCUUACAUCUAAAGGAUCUUUGGUUGGAUGGAAAUCAAUUGUCAGAAUUACCUCAGGAAAUAGGAAAUCUGAAGAACCUGCUGUGCUUAGAUGUCUCUGAAAACAGGUUGGAAAGACUUCCUGAAGAAAUCAGUGGCCUGACUUCAUUAACAGAUUUAGUUAUUUCCCAGAACUUACUAGAAACGAUUCCGGAUGGCAUUGGAAAACUAAAGAAGCUGUCGAUCUUGAAGGUGGAUCAGAACAGACUAACACAGUUGCCUGAAACAAUUGGGGACUGUGAGAGCCUCAGUGAACUGGUUCUCACAGAAAACCGACUCCUGACCUUACCUAGGAGCAUUGGAAAACUUAAGAAGUUGACCAACUUGAAUGCAGACAGAAAUAAAUUAGUAUCUUUACCAAAAGAGAUCGGUGGGUGCUGCAGCCUCACUGUGUUCUGCAUGCGGGACAACAGACUGACCCGGAUCCCCGCUGAGGUGUCACAGGCCGCAGAGCUUCACGUCCUGGAUGUGGCAGGGAACAGGUUGUCACAUCUGCCCUUGUCUCUGACGGCCUUGAAGUUGAAGGCUUUGUGGUUAUCUGACAACCAGUCCCAGCCUCUGCUCACAUUCCAGACGGACACAGACCUCACCACAGGAGAGAAGAUUUUAACCUGUGUCUUACUUCCUCAGCUGCCUUCUGAACCUACUUGCCAAGAGAACCUGCCUCGCUGUGGGGCCCUGGAGAGCUUGGUGAAUGACGUCUCCGACGAGGCCUGGAACGAGCGGGCAGUACACAGAAUCAGUGCAAUCCGAUUUUUGGAAGAUGAAAAAGAUGAAGAAGACAAUGAAAUGAGAACACUUCAGAGGCGGGCCACGCCACACCCAGGGGAGCUAAAGAAUAUGAAAAAGACAGUGGAGAACUUGCGGAACGACAUGAAUGCUGCUAAGGGACUGGAUUCCAACAAGAACGAGGUCAAUCAUGCUGUUGACCGAGUGACCACUUCUGUGUAG